AUGGUCAGAACGUCUUGGAAGGCAGCGGCCUUCACUUCAUUUCUCGUGGCUACCCAGGCUCAAGACAGCACCGUUUCCUCCCAGUACACGAGUCCUACGGUCUACCCAUCCCCCAACAGUACCGGCAGUGGCGGUUGGGAUGCAGCAUAUGCUCAGGCUCAGCAGUUCCUCAGUCAGCUCAACGUCACUGAAAAGUCGUGGAUGGUCACAGGCGUACGUGGCCCAUGUGUAGGGAACAUUGCGCCCAUUCCCAGACUGGGAUUUGGUGGUCUCUGUCUGCAAGAUGGUCCCGCUGCGAUUAGAAUUGCAGAUUACGCAUCUGUCUUCCCUGCAGGUAUCACUACAGCAUCAAGCUGGGAUAAGAAUUUCUUCUUCCAGAGAGGUGCAGCGUUGGGUGAAGAGUUCCGAGAUAAAGGCGCCCAUGUCAUCCUCGCACCCGUUGCUGGUCCUCUUGGCCGAGUUGCCUUGGGAGGUCGGAACUGGGAAGGUUUCUCACCAGACCCUUACUUGACAGGUUCAACAUUCUCACUUUCUGUGGAAGGCAUGCAAAGCGUUGGAGCGCAAGCUUGCGGCAAGCACUACAUCGGUAACGAACAAGAGACUCAACGCAAUCCUUCCAUGAACGAUGAAGGAGAGACUAUCCUGGCCAUCUCCUCCAAUAUUGACGAUCGGACUAUGCAUGAGCUCUAUCUCUGGCCCUUUGCCGACGCUGUCAAGUCAGGCAUGGCAUCUGUCAUGUGCAGCUACAAUCGGAUCAACCAGACCUAUGGCUGUGAAAAUUCAAAACUUUUGAAUGGUGUUCUCAAAGAUGAGCUUGGGUUCCAGGGCUAUGUCGUCAGCGACUGGGGUGCAACCCACAGCGGCCUCCAGUCCAUCAACGGUGGCCUUGAUAUGGACAUGCCUGGUACCAUUGGCUGGACAGGAUCAGCUUCGUACUUUGGUGGCAACAUCACCACGGCUGUUCAGAAUGGAUCUCUAGCCGAGUCGCGCCUUGAUGACAUGGUAUUACGGAUCAUGACUCCUUACUACUUCCUGAGACAAGAGAAUUAUCCUACCGUUGAUCCCUCGACUGCAGAUCUCAACAGCUUUGAUCCUGCCGAGUCGAACUAUACCUGGAAUCUUGAAGGCGAAGGCAGCAGAGAUGUGCGUGGUAAUCAUGCCCAACUGAUCCACGACAUUGCCGCACAAUCGACUAUCCUUCUCAAAAACACCAAUGGCACUCUGCCCCUCCGAUCGCCCAAGAACAUUGGAGUUUUCGGUAAUGAUGCUGCUGACCUAGCAAAUGGUCUCUAUAACUAUGCCGAUCUCAAUUAUGCUGCUUCACCUGGGUAUGACCUCGGGACCAUCGCUGUAGGUGGUGGGAGUGGUCAGGGCAGAUUCACAACUCUUGUUGCACCCCUCGAGGCCAUCAAGCGACGAGCUAUGCAAGACAACAGCGUGGUACAGUAUGUUCUCUCAAACGAGGUUGCGACAGGUUCCGACAACCCUGCCCUAAGCGGCAAAAUCUAUCCUGAACCCGAUGUUUGCCUGGUCUUCCUCAAGACCUGGGUCUCCGAGGGCUAUGAUCGCAAUGCGUAUGAAGCCGACUGGAACAGCACUCAGCUCGUAACCAACGUCACCAGCAUCUGCAGCAAUACAGUCGUCAUAACCCAUUCCGGUGGCAUCAACACUAUGCCGUGGGCUGAUAAUGAAAACGUCACAGCCAUUUUGGUGGCACACUUCCCCGGCGAGCAGUCCGGCAAUUCGCUGGUCAGUGUGCUGUACGGAGAUGUCAAUCCGUCCGGCCACUUGCCUUACACGAUCGCUGCGGAAGAAUCAGACUACAAUACCAAAGUCAUUAACAUGACCAUCGAUAACAACACGGACCCCAAUGCCUGGCAAGACGACUUCACCGAAGGCCUCCUGAUUGAUUACCGACACUUUGACCAGGAAGACAUUGAGCCACUCUUCGAGUUCGGGUUUGGAUUGUCGUACACAACAUUCAAUAUGUCCUCGCUUUCCGUCGGUCUGUCUGCGAACACUACGCUAGGCCAAUAUCCUGCCAACAGUACAAUUCAGCCCGGCGGCAACCCAGAUCUGUACACUGUUCUUGCUACAGUCUCUGCCACUGUCAGCAACACUGGGGACGUAUACGGCGCCGCUGUGCCGCAACUUUACGUCUCACUGCCGACUGAUUCUACUCCCGAGGGCACGCCGGUCAAGGUCCUCCGCGGCUUCGAGAAGAUUUCUCUUGCGGCCGGGGCGUCUCAGCAGGUCCAAUUCCCAUUGACCCGCCGCGAUCUCAGCUAUUGGGACAUUUCUGCGCAGGACUGGGCUUUACCUGCCGAUGGCACGCCCAGCGUCCAGGUGGGCUGGAGCAGUAGAGACCUACCUCUGAACGGGACCAUUACAUGGAUGGUCGGAGGAUAG